AUGAGUGACAACAAUGACAUGGAGGUGGAAAGCUAUGAAGAGCAACCUAGGUUUCAAUCUGCAACUGCCAAACAGGCUCAUCAUAAUGCACUGGAACAAAAACGUAGUGACUACAUCAAAGACAGCUUUCAGAGUUUGUGGGACGCUGUUCCAUCACUCCAAGGACAGCAGACACCAUGGGCCCAAAUCCUAGACAAAGCCACAGAGUAUAUCCAGUAUAUGCAAAGGAAAAACUACACACACCAGCAAGAUAUUGAAGACCUCGAGGGGCAGAAUGCUUUUCUGGAGCAGCAAGUCUGCGCACUGGAAAAGGCAAGAUCAAGCGUCCAGCUGCAGACCAACUACCCCCCCUCAGACAAUAGCCUCUACACCAAUGCCAAGGGCAGCACCAUCUCUGCCUUUAAUGGAGGCUCACACUGCAGUUUGGAGUCAGAGCUCGAAGAGCCCCAAAGCAACAAGAAGCUCCAGAUGGGGAACGCAGCAAUACAAACUGUCCGUGUCCUCCAUCGACUCACCCUACUUUCAGGUUUAUGUGGAACCGCUAUGAUGUUCUGCCUAUUCACUGCUGGUGGUAAGGAUGGAGAAAGGAUUUCCCCAGUUGUAGCCACUUGGUGUAUCUUGGUGGAAGAUGGUAGUCUCUGGUUUUCAUGGAUGAUGAAACUUCCCUCGCUGGAUGCUUAUUAUGGUUUGCCUACCCGACACUACCCCUUCCCCAUCAGCCUCCCUGGUGUCUCUAGACCAGGUAAAGAAGUCUUACAUCCAGGGCAGUAA